AUGUGCAAGCCGAUCGUUAACACGUCACCGCCUCUGCGGCAGCCGACGCCUUCUUUCAAGCCCCAAAUUGUUUACUCCAAGAACAUGUCUAAAGCGAUAGGGGUUGUCCUAAACACCACUAUAGACGCUGUCAACGCUACCCUGCAGAAUACCUCUAGUCAGCUCGUGUCUGCCGCGACUAAGAUGAAGCCCACCGAGGCGUCGUCAAGUAUCGUUGGUGUCAUGGGGGAUAGUCUCAACAUCUCACAGACAACAACAGCCGCCCCACUCACCGAUAACCUUAAGGCGAUGACCACCACGUCGCUCUCGGAGGAAAUAUCGAAGCUAUCGCUAGUUCACUUGUUUGCCUGGAUUCUACUUUUCGCCGCCAUCACAUUGAUGACAGUGAUCCUGCUCAACUGUUGCCUACACAGCCAGAAAGACUCCGCUUAUUCCGCUGCGAAGGGGGACGAUGCCGAGGAGAUGCACGGCAAGGCCGCUGUGUUGCCCUCGGUGUCUACUCCGAGUCCACACCCAGAGGGUCCAAGCUCUGGUACCUCGUCGUCGACCCGCCUGCUUGCUUCUCGCGGAAAUCUCGCCCGACAGCAGUUUUUGGAGUCUCGCAAGACGGGGAGCGCUGCAAAGUGUUACGGAGGUACGGACUCGACAUCUGCAACCGCGUGA